CAUGUUAUUUUCUUUCAAGCCAACAGUUUGAAAUUGAGUACAGUCAGACCUUUGCAUUGAUAGAAAUAACAAGAGUCUUUUCAGAUUGAGUGCAGCCCUCCACUUCUGAUAUAUCGCUGUUUUGACAGUUUGUGGAGUUGACAUCAGCUAAGGAACUCAAUUCUGCCGAGUCUCUCCCAGAGUGCUGAAGGUCAGCAGAGGUGAAGAUAUCACAUUGCAGAGGAAUGAUGGAGGAGAACAUCUUUAAUUAUCAGAAAGAAGAAGAGCCUGUGGAACUUGAGUCUUUUCAGGGGGAGAAGAGGAAACUCAUACAACCAACAUCUUUAAAAGACCCCAAACUUGAAAAGCUGAAGGAGGCACUGGUUGAUUGGAUCAAUAAGACUUUGAAACCCGAGCACAUCGUUGUUCAGAGUCUGGAGGAAGAUGUGUAUGAUGGACUGGUACUUCAUCACCUGCUGUCCAGGUUGGCCGACGUGCAUUUGAAUGUGGAAGAGAUAGCGCUGACCAGCACAGCUCAGAUCCGCAAGCUGGAAAUAAUCAUGGAGGAGCUGGACAAGAGACUGGGUACGCAGGACAGCAGUCAGAUCAAAUGGAACGUCAAACUCAUCCACAACAAGGACCUUCUGGCCACCCUUCAUCUGCUUGUUGCCAUGGUGAGAUGUUUCCAGCCUGAAUUGGAUUUGCCGUCUGAUGUGAAGAUUGAAGUUGUAGUCGUAGAAGUCAGCAAAAGUGGAAUCAAAUCAGAUGUGCAAGUGGAAAUCUUAACAGAGGGAAGCAGCGACACAGACUCCCUCAGCAAUACUGAAAGGGAAGAUCCCAUCGAGCAACUGCUGAAGCUUGAGGCUCACAAGGUCAACACAGUGAAAAAGGCCCUGGUACACUUUGUCAACCAGCAUAUAUCAUCUCUGGGUCUGCAGGUGAUAGAUAUGGACAAACAGUUUGCUGAUGGUGUGAUUCUGCUGCUGCUGAUCGGACAGUUGGAGGGUUUUUUCAUCCCGCUCUUUGACUUCAACCUGACCCCUGUCAGUGACUCUGAGAUGCUUCAUAAUGUCACCUUGGCCUUGGACCUCUUGAAGGAUACAGGCUUUCAGCUCUCCAAUGUUGACCCACAAGAUAUUGUCUCUCUGGACACCACUGCAACCUUGAAAGUCCUCUACGCUCUUUUCAACAAGCACAAAGGGAAAUGAGAGAGGACAUCGUGUGAAGACGAGCGGCGCAGCGGGAAAUACAGAAACGACCAAGUAGUGCGUUUAGCCAAUUACUAAAAGGUGAUUCUGCAGUUUUGAGAAGUUUGGACGACGCUGUUUCCAGGCUGAAUUAAAGGAUUAAAGUUAUGUUCUGUAAAGUGAAGUGAAAUGGUGGUUGGAGGAUCUUUAGUUUGUGUAUCAUGAUGUAGACUAUGUGGCUUAAAAUAUGUGGAUCGCAACAGCCGAAAGAGGGUUUGAAUAAAAAUCAUUCAGAAUUAUGCUUGAAUGACUCAAAGUCGAAAGCUCCACAAUCAUUAUAAUUUUACUUGUUGCAAGUUAAAUAACUUGUUAAAGCAGGAUUACAGCCUUACAAAUGUAUUUUUAAUGUCACUGUGUCUUUAAGAAAAAUAUCCUGUAUGUGAACAUUUUUAUCUCCAUAAAGCUUAAAGAGCGCUACCAAAAACCGGAGGAUUAGAGCUUCAGAUGCGAGUACGAAUACAGCAAAUUGCUUAAGCAAAUGAAAAUGAGAAAUAUUAAGAUGUUGAUGUUUAUGCUUAAGCUGAUGCAAGUCAUUUGAUGCAAACAAAAUGUCAGUGUACUGUCUUUUUAAAAUAAGAUCCAAAAUUGUAACGGCACCAAUAAAAGUCGAACAAGCCAUCGACAGUCAAACAGGUUUUUAAUAAACCUCAGGUUCUCUUUUCCUGUGCCAGCGUGUAAAAAAAUACGUAUAAAAGUGUGCCAACUCAAUAUGUCUUGACUACGCUAUUGAUUUCUUUACAACUUGUUUCAUCAUCUGUGUGUGUAGUUGGUUGUUUUUAACUCUCAUAUUUUAGAAAAUAUAAGCUAUAAAGAUAUUGUUGGUUACAAUGUAUUUAUAGCUUAUAGCCUUCACUGUUAUAUAUUGCGUGCUGUAGCUGAAGCUGUAAGACCCAGUUUAUGAUAAUGUAUAAUAAUUACCAUUUCAACAAAGGAAGCUAAACCUCACACUUCUGUGUUUGCGUAUGAGCACAGCACAUUUAAAUAUAGCACCGUUAAAUCUGUCACCUGUUUACAUCAUACUGACAGUACAUGGAUCAAUAAACAUUAAUUGACAGCAUAAA